CCUAUCUAAUAAUUAGCCUUUAUAAUAAUUUUUGGUUUUUCAAUUAUUGAUAACCACAUUUUAACUUUCAUAUUUCCCUCCAAAAAAUCUCAACAUUUCUCAAUGGGUGCUAUUCCUUCUUCCCUCUUCUUUCCAACUUCCAAAACCUCCAUUGAAGAGAAGCAAGAAGAGAGAGAAAGAACAUGAUUUUUGACAAACCCAGAAAUGAGAAAUGCAGUUCAAUUCACUAUCAAUUUCGCCCGCACAAAUUUCCCAGAUAAAAUAGACGUCAAGGCAUUAGCCAACCGCUACGCUGCCGCGCUCCAACAAUGCUUCCCGCCAAGCCCCACCUCGCAGUCCCUUGCUCGGACCAUCCAUGCCCACAUGAUAACUUCUGGGUUCAACCCAAGAGGCCAUAUUAUCGACCGCCUGAUUGAUAUAUAUUGUAAAUGCAAGAAUCUCGGGUAUGCACACCAAGUGUUCGACAAAAUUCCCCAACCAGAUAUUGUAGCGAGAACCACUAUAGUGUCUGCAUACUGCAAUUUGGGAGACAUGAAGGAGGCAAGAAGGAUUUUUGAUGAAAUCCCAUUUCAUAUUCGUGAUGUUGUGUGUUAUAAUGCUGUGAUCACAGGGUAUAAUCAUAACAGUGAUGGUGUUUCUGCGAUUCAAUUGUUUGGAGAUAUGUUGAGGGAUGGUGUUAGGCCUGAUCAUUUUACUUAUAGUAGUGUUCUUAGUUCUCUAAGUUUGAUUGCAGAUGAUGCAAGGCAGUAUUACCAGCUGCAUUGUGCCAUGGUGAAGUCUGGAACGGGGUGCUCUACAUCGGUGUUGAAUGCACUUAUAUCGCUGUAUGUGAAGUGUGCUUCUUCGCCUUUUGUUGCAUCUUGUUCAUUGUUGGGUGUGGCUCGGGAACUCUUUGAUGAGAUGCAAGAGAAGGAUGAGCUGACAUGGACAACAAUGAUUACUGGGUAUGCAAGGAACGAUGACCUUGUUUCAGCACGAGAAGUUUUUGAUUCAACCGGUGUUAAGGUUGUGGCAGUGUGGAAUGCAAUGAUUUCGGGUUAUGUGCAUCAUAGUUUGUAUCCAGAGGCUUUGGACCUUUUUAGAAGGAUGAAUGUUGAAGGAGUUCAGCACGAUGAAUAUACAUAUACGAAUGUUCUUGGUGCCUGUGCUGAUUUUGGUAUGUUUUGGCAUGGAAAGGAGAUACAUGCUCGCAUUUUGCGGAAGGAAGCUAAAGUAAGACACAGAGUUGAAGUCCAAUCUUCUAUAAAUAAUGCACUAGUCACGUUAUACUCUAAUUGUGGCAGAAUUCGUGAAGCUCGGCAUAUUUUUGAAGAGAUGCAUGUAAGAGAUAUAGUAUCCUGGAAUGCAGUAUUGUCAGGCUAUGUGACUGCUGGCCAGAUUUCAGAAGCUAAAGAAUUCUUCAACAAAAUGCCAGAGAAGAACCUUUUGACCUGGGCCGUGAUGAUAGCAGCAUAUGCACAAAGUGGACUAGGAGAAGAAAGCAUUAAGCUACUUAAUAAGAUGAGAACGGAAGGAUUUGAGCCAUGUGAUUAUACGUAUGCUGGGGCAUUGACGGCCUGUUCAAAUCUUGGAGCACUAGAUCAAGGGAGGCAGCUUCAUGGUCAAGUAAUUCGCUUCGGAUACGAGUCAAGCCUUUCAGUGGCAAAUGCUCUGAUAACAAUGUAUGGAAGAUGUGGUGUGGUUGAGGAUGCUGACUUAAUGUUCUCCACCAUGCCUUCUAUAGAUUCUGUUUCUUGGAAUGCCAUGAUUGCAGCUUUUGGGCAACAUGGAGAUGGCGGUCAAGCAUUGGAACUCUUUGAACAGAUGCUUAAAGCUGGGAUACUACCUGAUCGGAUUACAUAUCUUACUAUUAUCACUGCAUGUACUCACUCUGGGUUGGUCGAUGAAGGGAGGCAUUAUUUUCAUUCCAUGCAUAAAUAUCAUAUUUCUGCUGGAGAAGAUCAUUAUGCGAGGAUGAUUGACUUGUUUUGUCGUUCAGGAAAGUUCCAGGAAGCUGAGGAACUGAUCAAUAUAAUGCCUUUUGAGCCAAAAGCACCUAUCUGGGAAGCUCUGCUUGCUGGAUGCCGGAUUCAUGGGAACUUAGACCUUGGUAUAAAAGCUGCUGAAAAACUAUUGGACUUAAUUCCACAACAUGAUGGUACCUACAUACUGUUAUCAAAUAUGUAUGCUGCAGCUGGCCAGUGGGUUGAUGUGGCAAGGGUGAGGAUGUUGAUGAGAGAACAAGGAGUGAAAAAAGAGCCUGCUUGUAGUUGGAUAGAUGUCGAAAAUAAGGUUAAUGUAUUUUUGGUGGAUGAUACUUCACACCCAGACGUACAAGAAGUGUACGACUAUCUUGAGCAACUGGGACCGAAAUUAAGGGACCUGGGAUAUGUUCCUGACACUAAGUAUGUGUUGCAUGAUAUGGAGACAGAGCAGAAAGAGCACAGUUUGUCUACUCACAGUGAAAAACUUGCAGUUGCUUUUGGGCUCUUAAAGCUUCCUGUAGGAGCCACAGUUAGGGUGUUUAAGAACCUCAGGAUAUGUGGGGACUGCCACAAUGCAAUCAAGUACAUAUCGAAAAUAGUACAGAGAGUAAUAGUUGUGAGAGAUGUCAAGAGAUUUCAUCAUUUUAAAAAUGGCAAAUGCUCUAGUGGUGAUUACUGGUAAAGUAGUUUCUGUGAGAUUCAGCUAUAGCCGCAAGAAGGAAUGAAUUUGAAUGUGGUGGAAGCUCAGCAAUAUUAAGAAGAAACUCCCCAUGGUGGUAACAUGCGACAAUUCUGUGUUGUGGCUCUGUUUUAACUUUUGCAGUGUUACUUGUAUAAUUAGAUGUAUAUCAAAGCUUACAACACAGGGAUCUUUUUCAAAUUAAUGGGGGAAUACUCAAACUUACAAAUUGGAUACAAUUAAUGCAGCCUGGUCCUGGCCAUACAUAGGCUUUGUGAAGGUAUGCUGCUUCUAUUUACUGUAACAGUAUAGUCUUGCAUCACUUGUUAGUGUCGGCAAGCUCAUGAUUAGGUAGGGAUGUUUCAACAAACCCUCCUGAGCAGUAUGAUACUGAUAUUGUUGGAUUGUUUUCAAACAUAACUUCAUGGUCACUGCGCUACACCAAAAAGCAGAUUACUUUUGUCCACUGUCAUACAAGAUAAGCUGAAUUUGAUCAAGGCAUUUUCAGGUUUUGCUGCAGGAUUUCACGAGUUUCAAGGUCACCACCAUGUCACGUGCUGACUAAACCAGCUCUUAUCUGAAUCUUCUUCCAAAAUAGGGAUUUCCGUAUAUCUUUGAACAUUCUAAAAUUUUGGUUUCUGAUGGAAAAGUCAUGUCACAAGAAUUCUGGAGAUUGCAUUGCUGAGAAGUGAGGACAUCAUCUUAACAUAAUCAAUCUCAAGAAUUUUUGUUUCUGACGCGGAAAAUCGUGUGAUUCAUGUGAUCAUAUCACAAGAGGUCUAGAGAUUACAUUGCUGAGGAGACUAUACCAUGUAAAUCAAAUUUAAGGCUGCUGCAUUGCUGCGAAAACAUGGCAAGUCAAUGGGGGAAGUUACGAAACCUUUUAAGAUGUAUGGCGAAAUCGAAGAAGAAGAG